CAUGUUGAUUUCACUUCUUGAUUCACUUUUCCAAAAAAGAUAAAAAAAAAAUUGUGUCGUUGACCGGUUUACUAAUCAAUUGGCCUGUCGUUCACGCAAAACAUUGCACCUGCACAAGUGGCAAAUCGAGGCUGGGGCGGUACUUGACGGCAGGGAUCCCGCCCAACCACCAAAAAGCGGUCUGUUAGCUGCGCGUUGAUCAUCCCAGAGCUCCACAAGUUCGCGCGCACAACGAAGCUCCUUCCUACACUCACCAGCAACGCGAUUCGCUCCAAACCGUACUAUUACUAACGUUACGGGUUUCGAAAACCUAUCGAUACAAAACGCUGAAUUGAAUAUUGUAUUGCAUACGAUAAGACCGCUGUGUAUGCAACCCACCCGAGCAACGACCAGCCAUCCCUCACAACCAAAAGCCCACGCUCAAUCUCUCUCAUCGGACAAGAUGGGCAGCUGGAACCCCUUCUCCACAUCGCCUUCGCGCCGCUCCUCGUCCUACCGCCCGGGCUACGCAAGCAGUUCCUACUCGUCUAGCUCUCGGCACCACUCGUCGACGUCGCGGUACAAACGCUCGCCACGCGACAGCUACAUGCAACAUUUAUACAAAAAGCUGCAGCACUUUAUACGCGAGAUCUACCGGUAUGCGCAACGGCAUCCAUACAAAGUCUUCUUCAUGGUCAUCAUGCCGCUCGUCAGUGGCGGCGUCCUGCACAAGCUGGCCAAACAGUUCGGUGUCAACCUCCCUGAGAUGGGCGGCUCAGGGGCCCGGGGCGGAUACGCUGGCGGAGGACACACUGGAGGCGGCCAUUCAAGCAGUUACUACGGUAGCGAGGGCUAUGGCUUGGACAGCAGAGGAGGAGGUUCAGGAGCAGCUGGAGGCGGAAUGAUGGGUGGACUCGGUAAUAUCGAUCUCCAGAGCGUUGCUGGGGGGAUCGGAAGCCUUGCGACGCUGGCCACCAUGGCGUCCAAGUUCAUGUGA